GGCUGCCGAGGCUCAGUGUGAGCAAGGCGGAGGCGGGAGCGGGAGACUUGCCUGGAGCCGCGCGGUGGCAGCUGCGGCGGCGGAGCCCCGAGCCGCGCAGCGCAGCGGGUACGAGCCGGAGCCGGACGGGAAAGCAGAGAGAACAUUAGUUUCCUAUUUUCUGUUCCUGUUAUCUCUGAUCUACAAUGAGUGCCAAAUCUACUAUCAGUAAAGAAAUUUUUGCCCCACAUGAUGAAAGGAUGUUGGGAGCUGUCCAAGUGAAAAGAAGAACAAAGAAAAAGAUUCCUUUUCUAGCAACUGGGGGUCAGGGUGAAUAUUUAACCUACAUCUGCCUGUCAGUGACUAACAAGAAACCCACUCAGGCAUCUAUUACGAAAGUCAAACAGUUUGAAGGUUCCACAUCCUUUGUAAGGAGAUCACAAUGGAUGCUUGAACAGCUUCGUCAAGUCAACGGUAUAGACCCAAAUAGGGAUUCCCCAGAGUUUGAUUUACUAUUUGAAAAUGCUUUUGACCAAUGGGUAGCAAGCACAGCCUCUGAAAAGUGCACAUUCUUUCAGAUUCUUCAUCACACUUGUCAGCGGUACCUUACAGACAAGAAACCAGAAUUUAUCAACUGCCAAUCAAAAAUACUGGGAGGAAACAGCAUGCUCCAUUCAGCAGCAGAUAGUGUGACCAGUGCAGUACAGAAGGCAAGUCAGGCUUUGAAUGAGCGUGGUGAAAGGUUAGGUCGAGCAGAGGAAAAGACAGAGGAGCUGAGAAACACUGCUCAGCAGUUUGCAGAAACUGCACACAAGCUUGCUAUGAAGCACAAAUGUUGAGAAACUGCCUAACAUGGAGAUCUUUCCAAGAGAAACUGAAAAGCUAAGUUCAGCAACUUUUACAGGAGAUCCAAACUUCCACCUGCUUUAUCCUUCCAACUCGGUGAAGAACAGUUAUUUCAGUUACCAUGCAGGAAAUGGUUAAUUCCUACGGUUUUAUGGUUAUCUCACUAAGCAAUGCUGCUGUACCUCCAAAGUUCUUUUUGUUUUGUUACUUAAGCUGUAGUCGGUAUUUUUAGAAACACGGAAAUUGGACCAAAUGACAACCUGGACAGGUUUAAGCUGACAACUUUUUAUCACACAGGAAGAAGUAUUACAUUGGCUACAAGUGGUUUUACUGUAUGGAUAUAAAAUCUAAGUAAUGUU